UGUGUUCAAAAUGGCGGCGCUCGUCUCCUCUCCACGUGAAGUGUUUUCGGAAGCAGUGAGAGCUGUUUUAGAGACUUGGCCGGUUUUACAGAUAGCAGUUGAUAAUGGCUUCGGUGGAGUUUACAGCCAGCAAAAGGCCGACUGGAUGGUGGAUGCGGUUCAACAAUAUUUUCAUGACAACAGCGACCUCGAACAGGACGAAGUGGAGGACUUCCUGUCUGAGCUGAUGAAUAAUGAGUUUGACACAGUGGUGGAUGACGGGAGCCUGCCACAGGUGGCGCAGAAAGUGUGUGAGAUGUUCCAGCAGUGUAAGCAGGGGAAACUGGCUGAGGUCAGGCAGCAGAUCAGCCAGUUAGCAUUGAAAAAGGCCAGCGGGAGGGCAAAGGUCACGCCUAUUAAAUCUCCUACAGAGGAUGGCGACGAUGAUGGUGAUGAAGAGUCUAUGGAGUGUGAUGAAGCUGGAGCAGGAGCUUCAACAAAGCAACAGCAGCAGCCAUCUUCAUCUGCACCUACGGAGGAGGAGGAGGAGGAUGGCUGGACGGUGGUGCGCAGGAAAAAGUGACCAUUAUGAACGAGUUACAAACUCUGGAGGGCCAGAAAUGCUGUGUCUGGAAAAAAACUUGUGAUAAAGGAGCAGAUGUCGACAUCUACAUGGUGAUAGUGUGGGUGGGAAUAAGACUGUUUGUUUAUGAUACUACAUGGUGGUUUAAAAAAAAAAAAAAACUGAACUUACUGUGUCCAGUUUUCCAAAAACUGUUGUUUUCUUUUAAUUUAAUUCACGAUGCUCCAGUUUGGUCUUCUCUGCUUUUAUCACAGCCCUUUUUAUUCCUGGAUAAGACUGUAAGCUCCAUUUCACAGUUCGUGUUUUAGUGCUUUCAUUACGUCUCAUCUUGGCUCGGCUCGUCAUGCCCUCGUGUGGAAAGGCUGAGCUCUGCAGGACACGUCUGCCGUGAGUCCGAGUCUCGUGUGUGUGUGUGUGUGUGUUCAGGGACUCUCACAACGUCUCAACCUUCUCAUCACCCUGACAGCGUACAGCUUAUUUUCUGAAUUUAAUGCUUUUGAAUAUGUUUAUACACAUUGAACAAAUUGUUCGUAUAAUACGCUGCUUUCAGUAUCUGUUUACAGUACUAGUUAAAAGUUUGUACACCUGAACUUGUAGGUUUUUUUUUUUUUUUGUAGAACACUGAAGAUAUCAAAACCAUGAAAUAAAAGUAUCCACUGUUUACCUCGAUGACGCUUUGCACACUGUUGGGGUUAUCUUAAUCAACUUCAUGAGGUAGCCACCUGGAAUGCUUCUCAAUUAACACGUGUGCCUUGUCAAAAGAUAGUGGAUGCAUUUCAUGCUGCCUUAAUGCGUUUGACAUCAUCAAACAAUAAAAAAAAUGCCCCUGUUCCACAACUGUAGUCAUCCAUACAGCAGUAUUAUGUCCAGAACUGAUCAACUAAGUAAACGACAUCCAUCAUUACUCUAAGACAUGAAGUGUCUAAACAUCGAAUUCGAAAGUGUAUCCAAACUUUUGACUGGUACUGCACAGCUAUGCUUCUUAUAACUAGAAAUAAAGAUUUUAAAUCCAAA